AUGUCUACGAUCCGCGUCUCUUCACUAUGGGCGCGAGAGCUGCGCGGCUCGCAACUUCAGCAUGUUCAGCGACAGGUGAACUCUCGUGGAUAUCUCUCGACUACCUCUUGUUCAACUCCGACUCUUGUGCGAAGCGAAAACACGACCCAACAUGCGACGUCACGAUCGACUCCCUCGAGCUCGAGGCGCAUAUCCUCCACAUCUCACACCUACGCCCAGGGCUCCGCCCUCUCUCGUCUGGCCAAAAGCGCCCUCUCACCCGGUAGCUCGGCCGAAACGUAUGUCGCCUACGGCAUGACGCAGAAGCUCUUCCAGGCAUGUUCCAGUCAGGCGGAUUACCAGGUACCGCAGGCGACGCAGAAGGAUGUGCCGGUUCCCACGACCGAGUCUGGUGAACACUUGGGGGUAUCAGAUAGUUGGUGGUAUAAAGAACUCGGCCUCAUUCCCACAUUCUCAACUUGGUCCCAGAUCACCUUUUUACACAUGUACCUCCUGACCCACCGCAUGGACGAUCUGCACGAUAUCGGCUCCCGGUCCAUUCGCAACAAGUACCUCAAGGAUCUAUUUGUGCAGUGGCGGGGCAUCAUCGCCGCGUACGACGAGGGCCUGGUCAAGGGGGAUGCAGUGCUGGGCGCGGCCGUGUGGCGCAAUCUGUGGAAGGCCGAGGCAGUGGGACCGGAUGGAAAGGAGUUGGAUUGGAGUAAGAUUGCCUGGGUGGUGGCGUAUAUGCGCCGGGUGACGGCGCAGCUGGGGAGGAUGGAAGAGGCGGAUAUCGUGAUGGAAUUGAGUGGGGCGAUGGGAACCGAGUCGAAGAUUUUUGGCUAUUCGCCUUUGGAUCGAAAGAUGGUAGAGGGAUGA